AUGUCAUUGGCUUAUUAUUUCCAUUUGUGGAGAUUGAAGUUGCAUUUGAGAUUCAUCGGAGACCCAAGGACCAGAAGACAGGAAUAUUGCCGAUUAUUCAAGAAGUGGCUCGAGUCAAGCAGAGGAAAGUCGAAAGGCAUGGCUCUAUUGGAUCUCAUCAACUGCACCAAGCUGUUUCCCAGCGUCGAGGACAAGGAGUUUUUCCUCAAAUUCGGUGUAGACGAGGUCUGUAUCGAUAUAUUGAAUCAGCUCCGACGGGGCAACUUCAACGUAGACGAAUUCAAAUUCGAGAACGGUAAGUCCGUCGUGCACGAACAAGCCGAUCUAUACGAAUGCAGAGAUAUUUUCGAGUCGAAAAGAAAGACCAAGCAAAUCCUUCGAUAUUUCUUGACGUAUGAUCCGCAAAGAAAUUACCAAGACGAUCACGGCUACACGUAUCUGCACGGGGCCUGCAUGAUGGGCGAGUUCGAGGUGGUGCUUCAGUUGCUGCAGAAAGGAGCGAGGGUCAACCUGGACACCUGGAGAUGCUCCCCUCUGCAUCUCGCCGCCCAGUACAGACACCUGGCUAUCGUCCGAUUGUUGCUGCACAGCAAGGCCGAUCCGAAUCAGCAGGACGAGGACGGCGCGACGCCUCUUCACGCCCUCUCGUGGCCGUGCAGGUGUCACUGCAGCGACCAGUACUUCUGCGACACGAGAAAACCCGUCGACGGCAUCGUCGAGGCGCUCCUCGAGUACGGAGCCGAUCUCGAGGCGCGAAAUCGUCACAAUGACACUCCGCUGCAGACGGCGGUGAUGCGCCUCGACGCCGAUCUCGUUCGGGCCCUCUUGAGACGCGAAGCCAGAGUGAGAAAUUUGCAGGAGCAUCGAAUCUUCCUCUCGGACUUUACGCCUCUGGAGCUGAAGUGCUACCCUCUGCCGUUGCACAUCAUCGAGGUGAUGAAAUUAUUGCGCGGGAAACGCUAUAAAAUGAGUGUCAUGACCAGAUUCAGGAUGAUUCAAUUCUGGAUAAGAGUUCGCGGAUGCGACAGGGAUCAUAUACUCGCUGACGAUUGUGGGGACAGCGAUGAAAUAGAUCAAUUCAACUUCGAUCAGAUUUUAAAGUAUCGAUACCUCAACGAAGAAUUCGGCUUCCAUUUUAAACCGGAAGUCCUCGUUUUCUUGGCACGACGAUACGGACAGCUGAAACCAGUAGUGCAACGGAGCUGGUGGAUGCACCAGCUCAGCGUAAGAGAAAGGAUCCAUUUGACCGAAGAAGUCGAAAAGCUGAAAUUUAUCGAUGUGGCCAGAAACGUCACGCUCUUUAAGCUUUGCCAGCUGGACGAUACCGAGGCCGCACUGGCACUUGGAGACCCGGCAAAAUGGAGCGUCCCGUCGUUGCAAAUUUUGAGAUGCAGCUUCUUGAGCAUCGCCGUGAAGAGACACCUGGCCAACGUCCUGGCCAGGUCCCAGCUGGAGCUGGACUUUCUCGUGGCCGAUAUUUUGUCGGACAGCAUGACCGAAGGGGACGAGGAGAUGAAUUUCUGUUCCAACCUCAAGUUCAGCUACUCUAUGAACAACGCGAAUCUGUUGCAUUUCUUCGACCAGAUGUGCGAAUUUUUAAAAUUGUGUAACCAUAUUUUUUUUCUUAUUUCAAUGUUUGCAGAAUGUCAACGAAUCACUCCCAGAAGUCCGCGCGCCAGCCGCAACACCGGCCUCGAGUUCGAGUGCCCGGAAGAGUUCGGCUAUUAUCCGCAUCCGCGCGACUGCACCCAGUACUACGUCUGCGUCUUUGGCGGCGCCCUGCUCGAGUCCUGCACGGGUGGCCUCAUGUACAGUCACGAGCUGCAGACUUGCGAUUGGCCUCGCAACGUCGGCUGUCCUGAAAACAGCGCACCCAACAAGGACCUUGACGAUGAUCCACUUCUUGAAAGAGCCGAAAAGGCAGAAUCCAUUCAGCAACAUCAGCACCAGCAGCCCCAGCGCAUUCAGCAGCAGCAGCAACAUCAACAGCAGCAGCAGCAGCAUCAACAGCACCAACAGCAGCCUCGCGCCUUCCCGAAAUCCAUCACCGUCUCGUCGACGGCCGCCAUAAUCGAGCGUCAGAAUCAACAGCGCCAACGACAACAUCAGCAACAACAGCAGCAACAACAGCAGCAACAGUCGCAGCAGCGCACGUAUCACGACGACGAGUACGAGCCAGCCUCGGAAAUCGAGAGCGAUCGGCAGCAGCGAGUCUAUCGCGGACAGCCAUCGACCGUCGGUCAAGUAGCCCGAGAUCGAGAUGGCCUCAGGAGAAAUAUCAUUUCCGAACGAGAAAAGGACCGUAUCGUUAGUUCUCGAGGCCAACAAGAAACUCAUUACAGGUCAGUAAGUGUGUCGUCCGAGGCACCGAGGAUCGCCAAAGCGAGCGCCUCCACCGCGGCGCCGAUAGUCUCCAAGUCGUACUUCAGCGAGCCCGACCAAAGCUACCCUUACUACACCAUCUACGAUGACGACGUCUCCAUUUACAAGGACGACGCCGAUUACAAUCAAUACGCGCUGAACGCAUCGCUCUCCAUUCCGUCGCCACCACCUCAGCAUCAGUUCAAUCGCCAACAGCAGCAGCACCAACAUCAACCACCGCCACCACCACCCCCGCCGGUGAACAUUCGCGCCGAGGUGUCGCCGAGCUCCAAGCCGUUCUCCAUCAAGCCGAAGAAGAUCAACGUCCACGAGGCCGACAAGUACAAUCUCAAUCAGGACGUUACGAUUCAGGACUACGACAUCUACGAUAAUCAGCAUCUGAGCAAAAACAAAUUCCGCCUGUCUGAUGGACACUCUGUCAGACCGAACAUCAUCAGCCAUCCCGUCGUUCACGUGACGACUCCGAAUGCCAUAAUCGACACGUUCAUUCCCCUGACGACCACGACCCAGUCGCCAGUGACCAGUCCACGCUCGUACUCGGCCAGUGCUCCGCCUCUCAGGAGCCGCCAACAAGUCAAUCGCGGAACUGCACCACCACGCCUACGACCGACCUUGAAGCCAUCGACGGAAAUCGUCUCGAAAGCCCAAGAAUUCGUCGACAUCUAUCGAUUCCCACCGCAGAGGCCGGUCAAUAUUUACCCGACCCCGACGCCCGACAAGCCCGCGGCCAAGUGCCGCAAGGACGUCUGCCUGCUGCCCGACUGCAACUGCGGCGGUCCGGACAUUCCUGGAGACUACCUGCCUGAGGAGAUCCCGCAAAUCGUCCUGCUGACGUUCGACGACUCGGUGAACGAUCUGAACAAGGGCCUGUACGCCGAUCUCUUCGAGAACGGAAGGAAGAACCCGAACGGAUGUCCCAUUUCUUCGACCAUGUACGUGUCGCACGAGUGGACCGAUUACAGCCAGGUGCAGAAUCUCUACGCGGCCGGCCAUGAGAUCGCCUCCCACACGGUCUCGCACAGCUUCGGCGAGCAAUUCUCGACUCGAAAGUGGGCGCGCGAAGUCGCAGGACAGCGAGAGAUCCUCUCGGCUUACGGAGGCGUCAAGCUCGAGGACAUCAGAGGCAUGAGAGCUCCAUUCCUUUCGGUCGGCGGCAACAACAUGUUCAAGAUGCUGUACGACACGAACUUCACGUACGACUCGUCGAUGCCGAUCUACGAGAACAGACCGCCUAGCUGGCCCUACACCCUCGACUACAAGCUCUUCCACGACUGCAUGAUUCCGCCCUGCCCCACGCGCUCCUAUCCCGGCUUGUGGGAGGUGCCCAUGGUCAUGUGGCAGGAUCUCAACGGCGGACGCUGCUCCAUGGGCGACGCCUGCAGCAAUCCACCCACCUCGGACGGCGUCUACAAGAUGCUCAUCAAGAACUUCGAAAGGCACUACACGACCAACAGGGCUCCGUUCGGCCUGUUCUACCACGCCGCCUGGUUCACCCAGCCCCAUCACAAGGAGGGCUUCAUCUCCUUCCUCGACACCAUCGUCGCCAUGGACGACGUCUGGGUGGUUACGAAUUGGCAGGCGCUCCAGUGGGUCCGCAAUCCCACGCCGAUAUCCCUCCUCGACAGAUUCGAGCCGUUCGGAUGCAACUAUCAAGACCGACCGAAAAAGUGCAACAACCCGAAGGUGUGCAACCUGUGGCACAAGAGCGGAGUGAGAUACAUGAAAACGUGCCAGGCCUGUCCCGACAUCUACCCGUGGACCGGCAAGACGGGCAUCCGCAGCAGUCGCAUCGACAACGACAUCGAGAAUCACGAUUGAGCGGGACCGUUCGCGAGCGAGUCGAGCUCGCCGACGACUCCGCUCUCCCACGUCCGGAGAGCGGGGGGCGACGACGUGCAACGACGACAAAACUUUUUUUUAAUUGCAACAACGUAGACGACGACGAAGACAACGAAAUGGUUGGCCCACUCUCGCAGCGGCUCG